UGGUAAUAGACGGUCACGUUCAAUUCGAGUGCACCGGCUGCCAGCUACUAUGACUCGGACUCCGAGUCGAGGAGCUCUUGAAGGCUUACUAAAACUCGACUCUUCUCAUUGACCUUCAGUAUACACCAAUACCCGACACAUACCCAACAAAUUUCGCAGGAUGACCGUCGCUUCAGGACUUCCCCAACUGCUUGUUGUAGGCCUGGGUAACCUUCCGUUUCCCCAGACCCGCCAUAGCAUCGGGCAUCUUAUAAUUGACGCCUUAGCUGCAAGAUUUCAUAUACAUAUGUCCACUGACAGAACGAUGGGGGGCGUGACUGGACGUUCAAAGGUCACGCUAGGCCAAACUGCUGUAUCUCUGACACUCCUGAAACCAAAGCCCCUCAUGAAUAUCACCGGUCCAUCAGUGGCAGGAGCUCUCCGCAAUUCUGUCAAAGCCUCAGAUGCAAUGGUCGUUAUCCACGAUUCACUAUCUCAUAAACCGAAGGCUUUGUCUCCAAAAAUAGGUGGUUCUGCCAAUGGGCACAACGGUGUACGCAGCAUCAUAUCUGCACUCGGAGGCGAAACCCAUUUUCAUCGAUUUCGUAUUGGCAUUGGUAGAGGUCCUGGUGAUGCAGCAGAAUAUGUUCUGUCGAAGCUUUCAGAGGAAGAGAAAUACUAUUGGAAUGGCGAUGGUAUAGGCCUCGACCUCAUUUGUAACGAACUCGAACGUAUUGCGCGCAAACAGGUUGAGAGCCAAGGCUUACCGUGACCUUUACCUCGGACAAGCAUGGGGUAUUCGCCACGACGCGUGGCAAACCCGUGGUGACGGCUUCAUUUCCGUUCAACGCCAGCGAAGUCCCGACAUUGAACGCCCCCGUAGUACUCGCAGACUGAUGCGUGUACUUUUCGUCUCCAUAUGUACAUCACGUAUUUUACGUGGCGUGGCCAUAACGAUACCUUACCGUCGGAG